AUGGGGUGUGCUUCCUUUCAUGGUGCUUCUCACAGUCCUUGGGUCAUCCUCAAUGACUUUGGUGGUGAGUCGCGCUUGCUCAUUGCUCAGAACCUCGUCUCGAACGCUCGUCAAGACCACCGCACACCACACUCGAAAUCAUACUCACUCUUCCACUCCGUUCCCUCCUAACAGGUGCUUUCGCAAUGGGAGCCGUCGGUGGUACAGUCUGGCACGGGAUAAAAGGUGCUCGCAACUCGCCCCGAGGCGAUCGUCUGAUCGGCUCGCUCAGCGCCAUCAAAGCCCGUGCACCCGUCGUCGGCGGCAACUUUGGCGUUUGGGGUGGCUUGUUCUCGACGUUCGAUUGCGCGGUCAAAGGCUAUCGACAGAAGGAGGAUCCGUAUAAUGCCAUCAUCUCGGGCUUCUUGACCGGUGGAACGUUGGCCGUUCGAAGUGAGUGGAUCCUGGAGCUUUGGCCCGACCAAGGUACGUGGAGGAUGUGGACUCAUGGACGUCGUGCUUUUGAUUGACUUGCAGGUGGCCCCAAGGGAAUGUUGGGCGGUGCGAUCGGUUGUGCGAUCCUGUUGGGUGUCUUCGAAGGCGUCGGCGUCUUGGUCGGAAGGUCAGCUUUUCACCGUUCCUCAGAUCCGGGAUCCGGGAUCCGGGAGGCUUUAGCCACGUCCAGAUCGACUCCAGGAACUAACGUCUUGGCGCUUUGAAUUCAUCUCUACAGGUUAUUCGCAGAAAACAACAAGCCCAUUUCGCCGCUCUUGCCGGAGAACAACUCGCCGCCACCACCGCCACCGGCACUCGUACCCGCUUAA